GGAAUGGAUUUGCAACGCCGCUUGCUGGAAUGGACGGAUCUUGACUUUACGAAGUUUAGUUAUGGGAAAAGAGAGACCACAGUACUAACAAAGCUCGCAAACCACAAGAUUGCAAAGGUGGAAAAUUUGACAACGAAGGGUGACUGGGAUAAUUGGUUUAGGAACGCUUCAUUUCUCUACCACGAAGACAGGAUACCGGGAACAUGCGUUGUCAUAUGUUCACGCGCCAAUCCAGUGUUCGAGGAGAUACCCGCACCAGCUCAUUACCUGCCGUUCGAAAGAGAUGUCUUCAAGAAAAUUGUACAAAAGUUCUGCGUCCAUCCAGCGAUUACUCGAACGAUUGGGAGGGAAGUUACCUCAUUCACUUGCUAUGAGCAUAGAGCGUCCGAUCCGGACGAUCUCAAGAUGCUCUGUACAGCGCGAACUUCGUCCCUAUUCCCUGGGGAUCUUGCCGUUUCUUCGGUUUUUUUGGCUAAGUCGGAAUUGACAUUGGCGGUCAUUUACGGCUGCAGCGAGAGACAGAAGCAGGAGAUUAUACGUAGGCUUGAAAACGUUGACCUCAGCUACAACCAUCCUCUUCUACCAUCCGGCCUAGUCGUAGAGCUAGAGAGGAUUCGCCUAGCGGACAGAGUGGAUGAUUUGCUCGAUAGAUUCGUUCUAAAGGCGUCGUCUAGCCAGGAGCUUGAUCUCGACAUGGACAAAAAAAGGAUGGCUGCGUUUCUCAAGCUAUGCUACGAGAGUCGUGACUUGAUCAAUCAAAUCCAUGCGGAGAAGAGACAGUUAACAGCAAUUUCCAAGAGAACUACAUUUCUAAAAUCUCGAAAGCAUUUGCAGGCAGCGGGACGUCAGAUUCGCGCCCGGUUGAGCGAGAUCUGCAGUGAGUAUGACGAUAAGCUGGGCGAAUGCAACAUGGUUAUCGAGAACACGUCACUUACCAUGCAAACGUCAAUGAAUCACUUUGCGCGAGUGGACAAUAGCGUAAACCUGCAUCUUUCCAAAAUAAACACUCAGCUAGCACGCACCAGUACAGAUCUUACGCAAGACAUGAGGCGUGACAGUUCGCAGAUGCGAUCAAUUGCACUGCUGACUAUGGUAUUUCUACCAUUAUCCACUGUAGCCACUGUAUUUUCAACCACUUUCUUCGACUGGAAUGCUACUGCUGACAAGACGGUCGUGUCAGGGUACAUUUGGAUUUUCGUGGUUAUCGCUGUCGGGCUUACCAGCACGACAGUAGGCGCUUGGUAUUUCGCAACUCGUCGCGUAAGAAACGAAGGCGCAGCCUCGGAAACGUCUCGAACACUAGACGCGCUUUUCCAUGAAUCUGUAUAAAGGAAAGCUUGGUACGCUACCCCAUAGUUGAAAAGGAUUGCAUUCUCUGACGCAGGAUGCAAGGUACUCUGUAAGGGUAGCCUAAAAAG